GAUAUUUUAUUAAUGGCCAGAAUUAAUGUUUAUCUUUUUGCAUUUAUCUUGCUUUUGACUAUCAAACAAGAGUUUUGUUCCGUUGAAGGCCGAACCCUCGCUAAGUCCACCGUUGCGAAGGCUGAGGAAAUCGGCGCUGAUGGCUCUGUACCGCCAUUUCCAUCGGCUGAGCCACUCCAGCCACCACCGAGCCACGGGGUUGAUACCUUCAGGCCUACGGUACCUGGAAAUAGCCCUGGUAUUGGACAUUCCGUACACAAUUAA